AUGCUUGUGGUGCCCCUGCAUGCCCUGCCUGUGCCCCGCCCACUUUGGACAGCAGCGCCAUGCGUGCAGAUUUCAGAGCAUGACGUGCGCAUUGUGCGCACGCUGGGCAGCGGCGCCAGCGGCGUGGUGCAGAAGGCCUUUCUGCCACGCGAGUCUCGCUUCGUGGCGGUGAAGAAGAUCAGCGUGCUGGAACGGGACAAGCGCCACCAGCUGAUGAACGACAUCAAGGCGCUGUGCAACGCCCCGGUCAUGGAUGGCCUCAUCCGCUUCUUUGGCGCCUACCACUCUGCCGACCGCGGCCAGAUUGCGGUGGUGCUGGAGUACAUGGAUGGCGGCAGCUUGGCGGACGUGGUGCAGCGGGUGCAGCGCAUCCCGGAGCCCGUGCUGGCGGGGAUCACCGCCCGCAUCCUGCCCGCCCUUGCCUACAUGCACUCACGACACAUGGUGCACCGCGACAUUAAGCCCGCCAACAUCCUCAUGUCCACCGACGGCCAGCCCAAGGUGUCCGACUUCGGCAUCAGCGCGUUCAUGGACAACACCAUUGCGCAGUGUCACACGUUUCUGGGCACGGUGACCUAUAUGAGCCCGGAGCGCAUCAACGGUGAGGCUUACUCCUUUCCUGCCGACAUCUGGGCGCUAGGGCUGACGCUGCUGGAGUGUGCCACCGGCAAGUAUCCAUAUGACGCCAGCGGUGGAACCAUCCAACUUAUGAUUCAGCUAAUGGAGGAGGACUGCCCGCUGCCACCGGCGGGCCAGUGCUCACCGGAGCUGCGCGAUUUUGUGGCACAAUGCAUGCGGAAAGAUCCCUGGCAGCGCCCCACAGCGGAGCAGCUCAUGCAGCAUCCGUUCAUCACACAGCGAGGGCAGCCGCCAGCAGACCUGCGGACGUUCAUGCGCAGCUGCAUGUACGACGCGGCGGAGAAACUGGAAGAUGCGGUGGCAGUGCUGACCAGCCGCUUCUACAACAACUUGUCAUACAACUGGCGGGACAGCGACAGCAUAGCGGCCUACUAUGCCUCUGAUGCGGUGCGGGGUACUGCUGCUGUUGGCCAUGCGAGUUUUGUUCUUGUGCUGCUCUAG